ACCAAAUCAAUUAUUUAAAUGACUCUUAAAACACUUUUCUAUCAAGUGUCUCCUAAUUUAAAUCUUGUUAUCUUGUGUUUUUGUUUCACUGCUGCACAAUCAGUUGUCCUUCGAGCACAACACAAGUGAAUUAUUUGACAAUGUAUUGGUUGUUUUACAUAUUUUUUUGUUUAUACUUGAUUCAUAAUUUCUUGUUUGACUGAAUGUUGGCACUCUUGGAGUUCUGUACUGAAGAGUUGGGAACUGUCAGAGAAGUGUCCGCUGUUAGUCAUUAGAGCUGGGAACUCCACAAUAUUUAUGCUUUUACUUACACAAUAUUAGAACACUUUUCUCAUCCAAGAAGCUUCUCCAGUUCUCCUGAAAGGUGGAUUCAUUUUGAGUUGAAGUGAGACGAUAAGUGAUGUCAGAGAAUCCCCAUGCUCUCCGACAUGUGGUAGGAACAACUCUGUCCUGAGGCUCCAGAGCCCAAUGCAGAUAAAAAAAAAUGCAGCCAACAAAACCUCGUCCUACACGGUGGCGGACACACUGUGCAUUACACUUGGAAGGAUUCAGCUUGCGUUGAAGAUUAUUUCCACCUACAUUAACAUCUGCAAUGGAAAACAAAAUAGUGGAAAAGACCUGGAACCAAAAGUAAGAAGAGUCGAGCUGAGCAGAGCUGCAACAUGCAGUGGAGACGCAGCAUCACGGGACCUUAGGCUGAACGGAGAGAGUGGAGGGAACGAAACAAUCAGACUUAACUGAUAUAAUUGAGUUGGACAAAAUAUUAGAAACACUUCUCAGUCUGUAUUUUUGACCUCUGUUCAAAAAGCAGUUGUUUGUGCACUAACUUCCUUGCUGUGUGUUGAUCCAUCCUGUAGCUACGUGGGUCGGAGGAGGCUUAAUUGUUGGCACAGCUGAGAUGGUGUACACGCCCUCAAUGGGACUAACCUGGACACUCUUGUUAUUCUCGGCAUACAGCUCAUCUUUUAUAAUUGCUGGCACGGUGUUUGCAAAGCCAAUGAGAGACAGAAAGUGUAUGACGAUGCUGGACCCUUUCCAUGCCAAGUAUGGAAAAGUGUUAACAGCUGGACUGUCCCUGGCUUCACUUUGUGUUGACGUGGUGACUGUGCCCUCAACACUAAUUGGUUUAGGAGGGGUUAUGAGCGUGGUCCUGAAUGUGUCCUUCAGUGUGUGCAUCUGGAUCUCUGCUGCCGUCGCCAUCACCUACACACUGCUGGGAGGUCUGUACUCUGUGGCCUACACAGAUGUUAUACAGCUUGUGCUCAUAUUCUUCAGCUUGUGGCUCUGUGUUCCCUUUGCUUUGAUGAACCCUUACUCCUUGGACAUCAGCCAGACACUGAUGAACAACACCUUACACGCUCCCUGGAUUGGUACACCGGGAGUAAAAAAGACCUGGAUAAUGAUUGAUGAUUUUUUAUUCUUUGCCCUGGGAAGUAUGGGAUAUCAGUGCAUCCAUCAGAGGACUUUGUCGGCAUCUUCUACAUCUACAGCCAAGAGAACUUGUUUUGUUUCUGCAAUGAUCUUACCUGUAUUUGGAAUACCGUCUAUGCUGCUUGGGGCAGUUGCUGCCUCCACAGACUGGAACAUGACUUCCUAUGGCUCUCCAUCUCCAUAUGAACGUGGGGAAUCAGUUCUAGUUCUGCCCAUCACCCUGCAGCACCUCACUCCGCCAUUCAUCUCCAUCAUCGGUACUGCAUGUGUGGCCGCUGCCGUCAUGUCGUCAGCUGACUCUGCUUUGCUUUCUGCAGCUUCUGUCUUCACCUCCAACAUAUACAAGAAUAUCCUGAGGCCUCAGUCAUCAGACAGAGAGAUCCAGUGGGUGAUCCGUGCUUCUGUGUUGGUAGUGGGCUUGGUUGGUACAUCGCUGACCAACCUGAAAACCAGCAUCUUAAUGUUUUGGUUCAUUGGUUCUGAAGUGACCUACAUCAUUAUCUUCCCUCAACUCGUCUGCGUCCUCUUCUUCGACAUCUCCAACGGUUACGGGGCUGUUAUGGGCUUUCUGGUUGGAUUAGUGUUAAGACUGCUCAGUGGAGACCCAUCACUUGGGUUAGCACCGGUCAUACACUUCCCAGGAUGCACUCUUGAGGACGGUGUUGAUGUCCAGUACUCUCCGGUUAAGACCAUCUCCAUGUUGUCUGCCAUUGCUGCCAUCUUGUUGUUCUCCUACCUGGCUUCUGUGCUCUUCAACAAAGGCCUGCUUCCUGAGAGGUGGGAUGUGUUCAAAGUGAAACAGCAGCUCUCACCAGAACCACUGACAGCAACAUGUGGCACCGCAGAACACAAUGAGAAGGAGAAGUUGAAUAGAAACAACUCUCAGACCGAAGCAUCAGAGCCAAUGUUUAGCACAGACUGUUAAUGUUCCUGUGUGUACAGUACAAUGUGUUUCCUUAUAGUAAUAUAGUUACUAUGCUGAGGUUUUCUGUUGCAGUACCACAGGUGUCCACUGGGACACAUAGGCAGCAUGGCGUAGGCCUACAUGAGUGGUUGGUAUAGAUAUGAUGUUGUUAUAGUGUUAUGAUAUUAUAAAAAGUACUUCAGUAAUAUAAUAAUACAUUAUAACUGUGUUGUAGACGUAAACACGACAGACAUGUGAAAUAUUUCAGUUAUUAAACUGAACAUCUUCA